CCUCAAUUCCACAUCACAAUGUCCUCCAACUCCCUUGAACAAUUGAAAGCCACAGGUACCGUCAUCGUCACCGACACCGGUGAAUUCGACUCGAUUGCCAAGUACACUCCACAAGAUGCCACCACCAACCCAUCGUUGAUUUUGGCUGCUGCUAAGAAGCCUGAAUACGCCAAGGUCAUUGACGUCGCCAUUGAAUACGCCAAGGACAAGGGUUCCUCCAAGAAGGAAAAGGCUGAAAUCGCCUUGGACCGUUUGUUGAUUGAAUUCGGUAAGAACAUCUUGGCCAUUGUUCCAGGAAGAGUGUCUACCGAAGUCGACGCCAGAUUGUCUUUCGACAAAGAGGCCACCAUCAAGAAGGCUCUUGAAUUGAUUGCCUUGUACGAAUCCCAAGGUAUCUCCAAGGACAGAAUCUUGAUCAAGAUCGCCUCCACUUGGGAAGGUAUCCAAGCUGCCAGAGAAUUGGAAGCCAAGCACGGUAUCCACUGUAACUUGACUUUGUUGUUCUCUUUCGUUCAGGCAGUUGCCUGUGCUGAAGCCAAGGUCACCUUGAUCUCGCCAUUCGUCGGCAGAAUCUUGGACUGGUACAAGGCUUCUACCGGAAAGACCUACGAAGGUGACGAAGACCCAGGUGUGAUUUCUGUCAGAGCCAUCUACAACUACUACAAGAAGUACGGCUACAAAACUAUUGUCAUGGGUGCCUCUUUCAGAAACACCGGUGAAAUCAAGGCUUUGGCUGGUUGCGACUACUUAACUGUUGCUCCUAAGUUGUUGGAAGAAUUGUUGAACUCCACUGAACCAGUUCCACAAGUGUUGGACGCUGCUUCUGCCUCUGCUACUGAUGUCGAAAAGGUUUCUUACGUCGAUGACGAAGCUACCUUCAGAUACUUGUUCAACGAAGACGCCAUGGCUACCGAAAAGUUGGCCCAAGGUAUCAGAGCUUUCGGCAAGGACGCUGUCACCUUGUUGGAACAAUUGGAAGCCAGAUUCUAAGUAUUGUGCUUCGAGUCCUAGAUGGAUCUCUGGUAUUUACAUAUUUCGCUUCUAUUAAUAAUUUCACAAAAACAAUAUAAUACGAUCAAUG